AUGGAGGGGAAUGGGUACACUCUGAUUCAUGCACUAUGGCUGCAGGUUCGUCUAGGUUGGCACGAUGCUGCUAUAUAUGACGAGAACAUCAAAGAGUGGCCCCAAAGAGGAGGAGCUAAUGGAAGUUUGCGAUUUGAUAUCGAACUUAAACAUUGAGCGGUAACAGGACUUGUGAAUGCAUUAAAGCUUGUUCAACCUAUCGAGGACAAGUACCCAGGUGUUACUUAUGCCGAUUUAUUCCAGUUAGCAAGUGCUACAGCUGUAGGUGAAGCUGGCAGUCCCAAGAUUCCUAUGAAGUAUGGAAGAGUAGAUGUUUCCAGACCUGAACAGUGCCCAGAUGAAGGGAGACUUCCUGAUGCUGGGCCUCCUUCACCUGCUGCUGAACAUUUACGGAAAGAAAUUGUUGCAUUAUCUGGCGCACAUACCCUAGGACAGUCCAGACCAGAACGCAGUGGUUGGGGAAAACCAGAAACAAAAUACACUAAAGAUGGUCCUGGUGCACCUGGAGGACUCGAUAUCAAAGAGAAAAGGGAUGAAAAUCUGCUAGUUUUGCCUGCUGAUGCUGCUCUAUUCGAUGAUCCGUACUUUAAGGUCUAUGUUGAGAAACAUGUGGAGGAUCAAGAUGCAUUUUUCAAGGGAUAUGCCGAAGCGCAUGCAAAGCUAAGCAACCUAGGGGCCAAAUUUGAUCCUCCUGAGGCAUGUCAUUGAAUAAUUCAAUAAUCUUUGCAUUCAAUUUUUCUAUUUAGCGUUUUGCUGUUUAAAAUUAUCACAAGAAGAAAGGAUGAGUUCGAAAAUUCCAGAACGAAAAUGACCUCGUUUAUAAUGAUUCUUCGUCAGGGUCUCUCUCUAGUCUCUACAGGUGAUGCAGCCAACUGACUGUUGGACAACGGAGAAGAGUGGAGUAUCACAAUGCGAAAAAUGUUGCAGUUUACCAUGUCAAUUGAAGCUUGUUACAAAUUUGUUUAGUUCGAUAUGUUGCGAUUAAUGUUUCUGGUUUGAGUUCAAUGGUUCAUGGUUAGGUCUAGUUGGUUGCCAUCUUAGCCAUCUCCUGUGUUCAGUUUUACUGGAUAAUGGUGUUUUCUCAGAACGUAGGAGCUUGUGCUAGAAAAUCGAGUAAUGUGAAAAUGAAGCUAACGUUCUAAGGACUUGGGUGAUCAAUUUCUCAGCUACAGGAUAACUAGGGAGCUUAGAGCUCCAAAAAAAGAGAGAAUAUAAUUCUCUUGAGCAUGCACCAAAUUUACAGUGAAGGAGAGUUUUUGCGCUAAGUAAUUUUCAGAGGAAGUAGCCUUGAAUGAAGGCAAGGAUUCAUACAGGUGCGUUUUGAAUGAGUCUAAC